AUGGGCUUCACCACUGGCUUCCUCGGCGGCGUGACCCUCACCUACUCCGUCCUCUACCUCACAAUCUAUAUCCACAAAGCGAACCGCAACAUCCAACACACCAUCCUCCAACAGUCCAACGGCGUCCUCAACUCUGUCGUAGAACCUCCACAGCCUGUUCCCGAUCCACCACCAUAUGAGAUCAGAAGAGCGGGCUUGACAGAACAGCUGAAGGAUGGCUGGAAUCGCGAGGUCGAGCGGCUAGUGAAGAAUAUACAGACGACGGACUGGACGCGGCAGAGGGAGAUCUACGAGCAGAAGAUCGCAGCCGCGUGGUCUGGGGUCAGGCAGACGGAGCAGGUGCAGGAAUUGGAGCAGAAGGUCAAGGAGGGGGUUAAGAGUGCGAAGGCUACGGCGGUGGAGGCUGCGGAGACGGGGAAGGUCAAGGCGAGGGAAGCGGCGGAGAGUGCGAGGCAGAAGGCGAGGGAUAUCAAGAAUACUCCUACGGAAGAGAUGAAGGAGAAGUUGGUUGGUGCGAAGGAGGUGGUUAAGGAGAAGUUGCGUCCUGUCACGGAUACGGCGAAGGAGAAGCUGGGCGUUGCGAAGGAUGUGGCGAGGGAGAAGACGGGGCAGAAACGGUUGCUUGAGCUGUGA